AUGGGUCUCAUCAAAACAGCUAUGAUGACAGGUGGAGGCAUCUAUGCAGUCAACAAAAUUGCCAAAACAGCCGAGACGCAUCACAGCAACCCUCAGUAUCGCGAACAGCCCCACAAUCCAGAACGAAAUCACACUCCCCCGCAAUACCAAACAUCCGCCCAAGCCCGUGGGGUCGAAGGCAGCGGAUCUAGAGGAAAUGCGCCGCCUGGGUACUGGUACUCAGCCGAACACGAUGCCUAUUAUCCAAUACCACGCGCUUCCCAAGGCGACAAAAGCAAUGAUGCAGACUUUUCGUCGCAGCGCGGGUACCGAGAUCAAGGGACAAUCAACGAGCAGUCGGUCACUCCUCCUCCAUAUGCCUCGCGACGCAGCGAGCGGCCUCAAGGAGAGUCGUCAACUUCCUCUCGAGGUGACUUGGCUGGACAGGCGAUAGACUUCAUCAUGGGCGCCACGGAUGGGAAGAAGCGAAACAGUGGAGAAGGCUUUGGGAAGAGGUUCGGGUGA